AUGGAUGGUCUAAAAGUUGUGUUAGUCACCGGUUGUGCCAAAGGCGGCAUCGGCUACGAGUAUUGCAAGGCACUCGCCGAGCAAAAUUGUCAAGUCGUGGCCUCUGACAUCCCUCAACGCAUCGACGACAUGUUAGACCUCAAAUCAGAGAAGAAUAUAGAAAUAAUCGCCCUCGAUGUUACAUCAAACGAAAGCGUUUCAUCAGCGGUGGACUAUAUUAUAUCGAAGUAUGGGAAAAUCGACGUUUUAAUCAACAAUGCCGGUAUCGGAAGCACGGGACCACUGGCAGAAUUAUCACUAGACACAAUUAGAAAAGCAUGGGAAAUUAACACAUUAGGGCAAUUAAGGUUAGUCCAAAACAUUGUGCCCUACAUGGCAUCAAAAAGAAAGGGUAUUAUAGUAAAUGUGGGGAGUGUUGUAGGGCUAGUUCCUACACCAUGGGCAGGGUCCUAUUGUGCUAGUAAAGCUGGGGUUCAUGCCAUGUCACAUACAUUAAGAGUUGAGCUUAAGCCUUUUGGAAUUAAUGUUGUAUUAGUAAUUCCUGGUGCUAUAAGAUCAAAUUUUGGUAGUGCUACAUUGGAGAAAUUGGGAAAUUCUGAUUGGAAAUUAUAUAAGGAUUUUAAGGACUCAAUUGCAAAAAGAGCUAAUUCUUCUCAAGGUAGUAAAUCAACUGAUGCUUCAAUUUUUGCAAGGCAUGUGGUUAAGAAAGUUUUGAGUAGUAAACCACCAAAACAAAUUGUAUUUGGUCAUAUGACUUGUUUGUUUGGUUUGCUUUCUUGGUCUCCCCUUUGGGUUAGAGAUCUUUUCUUCUCCACUCGGUUUAAUUUGAAUAAAAAGGUCUAG